CGUCACGUGACGUAGGCAAAUGGAUAAGCGCAUAAAAUUGGAUAGCGUCCUGAGUAAACCAUUUCCUGAUACUUCGCCAGAGAGAAGAGAAGAACGCAUACAGAAUGUUGUCUAAGAGCGAAUCCAUAUCUCGCGCCCUGGUGCCUUUACUACCCAGGCUAACAGGUGUACAGCCGACCAGACAAGCCUCGACCAUUUCAGAAGAGGCUCAGGCGGGACAGACGAUCCGGAAGUUCAGCCAUCAGGCACUGCCUCUAGCUGAGGUUCAGAGUCUACCUGCAGGAAACACGACUUCAUGGUUUGCUGAUCAAAUCACAAACGCUUCCAUGUCUCACCUGUCAGACCUGACCCUGCACAGAAGUAAGAGGAUGAUUCUGGACACCCUCGGGGUGGGGUACCUCGGUUCUAAGACCGACAUCACUCAGUCCAUCAUCCGCUGGGGACUAGACGCCGGACUACUUAGCGAUGACCCGGCAUUAGGACAUGGAGAGAUCGGCAGUAUCAUCUGGGGCAGCGGUGGCCGCAGGACCUCUCCCUCUAUGGCCGCUUACAUCAACGGGGUCAGUGUUCACUCGAUGGAUUUUGAUGAUACUUGGCACCCAGCGACUCACCCGAGCGGACCUGUGGUGCCGACCAUCCUAGCCCUGGCAGAGACGAUGACGGGACAGUACAGACCCAGCGGCGAAGACCUUAUCCUGGCUUAUAACGUAGGCGUUCAGGUCCAGGGACUCCUUAUGAGGUGUUCCAGACAAGCCCGGGAAAUACCUCGAAGGUUCCAUCCUCCCGCCGUUGUCGGAGUGAUGGGCAGUGCGGCUGCGGCUUCCAAACUCUUGGGUUUCGGCCCAAAGAAAAGUCGACAUGCCUUAGCUAUAGCCGCCUCUUUUGCCGGAGCUCCGAUGGCGAAUGCUGGCACCAAGACAAAGCCUCUCCACUGUGGAAAGUCUGCAAGGUUUGGUUUGGAGGCUGCUUUGAUGGCGGAACACGGCAUCGAGGGUAACGACGACAUCUUGGACAUGCAGUCAGGGUUCGGGGCGUUCUAUGAUGACUACGAUCCGGAGGAAUUCAUGAGGACGCAUUCCCAGAGGGACCAGUUUGUUCUUCAUGACCAAGACAUCGCAAUCAAACGGUUUCCGGCUCAUCUCGGAAUGCACUGGGCCGUAGACGCCGCCAUGGAAGUCAGACGGACCAUCACCGGUGCCAGUUUUCAGCUCGAUCCGAGAAUUAUAUCCAACAUCGUCAUUUCCGCCCCGAAGUCUCGCUACAUCAAUCGUCCGCUGCCGACGACGGAACACGAGGCCCGUCACUCCUUUCAGUUCAUGGUCUGCACAGCCCUCUUAGACGGAGAGAUCCAUCCGGAAUCCUUCUACCACGACAGUCUCCACAGACCGUCCCUUCAAGGCCUUUUGGAGAAGACAGCUGUUAUAACGCCUGAGGACAACGUUGCCAGUUUUGAGGAUAUGUACGUGGUUGUCGAAGUCCAGCUACAGGACGGAAGCGUGGUGACGGGCAGGUGUGACACGCCGUACGGCCACUGGAGGAGACCCCUGUCGGACAAGCACAUCCAAGAAAAGUUUAUCAGGAACACCCGCGACCUGCCGGCCGGGGCACCCGCGGAAAUGAUACGAUCUGUGGGGUCUUUGGAUUCUAACUCAAGGGGUACUGACAUUGGCGCGCUUUUGGCUCACUAACAGAGAUCUGUAUCACGUUGGGUCAAUCCAUCUGGUGCUUGCUGUGUUUGAAGAUCAAGGUGUAUGAACUUUGAAUGAUUGAACGCCUAGAAUUACUUUGGAUGUCGGAGGACAGACAAACGAUUGCCAGUUGAAAUAACUUGAGGUCAUCCAAAUGAUUGAAAGUCGGAGGAAAGACCAUUGAAAGCCAUUUGAUAUAACUGCUGAGAUCAUCUAAAUGUCAUGACUGUAACAAAUUCCGGAACGCUUAUUGGCAAAUUUGUCAGUACUCUUCAGUGGUGGGACUUUAAUGGAAUGGCUGCUCAGUAAUGCAUACAACCUUCAAGCAGUCUAAACAUGUUCAUUGAUCUAAUUUAACUGGCUUGUUUCUUUUGCA